GCCAAGCUGAUCGUGCCCAACAGCACGGCAGGCCUGAUCAUCGGUAAGGGCGGGGCCACAGUGAAGGCGGUGAUGGAGCAGAGCGGCGCCUGGGUGCAGCUGUCCCAGAAGCCCGAGGGUAUCAACCUGCAAGAGCGCGUGGUCACCAUCAGCGGGGAACCCGAGCAGAACCGCAAGGCGGUGGAGAUCAUCGUCCAGAAGAUCCAGGAGGACCCACAGAGCAGCAGCUGCCUCAACAUCUCCUACUCCAACAUCUCGGGCCCCGUGGCCAACUCCAACCCCACCGGCUCCCCCUACGCCAACUCUGCUGAGGUGAUGCCCUCCGCAGCCGCCGCUGCUGCCGCCACGGCCUCCAGCCUCCUGGGCCAGGCCAGCCUCGCGGGCGUGGGUGCCUUCCCCACCACCAUGUCUAGCUUCUCAGGCAACGACCUGCUGACCAUCACCUCGGCUCUCAACACGCUGGCCAGCUACGGCUACAACACCAACUCCCUGGGCCUGGGUCUCAACCCUGCUGCUGCUAGCGGGGUGCUAGCUGCCGUGGCGGCUAACGCCAACCCAGCAGCAGCAGCCGCCGCUAACCUGUUAGCAUCUUACGCUAGCGACGCCUCCACCAGCGCGGGCCACCCGGCCGGCCUUGGGGGCUUUUCGCUGGGCUCGCUUGCGGCCGCUGGGGCGACCAAUGGCUACUUGAGCGCAGCGUCACCGCUGGUGGCGUCCUCGCUGCUAGCGACAGAGAAGCUGGCGGAAGGCGCUAAGGAAGUGGUGGAGAUCGCCGUGCCUGAGAAUCUGGUGGGAGCCAUUUUAGGGAAAGGGGGGAAAACGCUAGUGGAGUACCAGGAGCUGACUGGCGCCAGGAUCCAGAUCUCCAAGAAGGGCGAGUUCAUCCCGGGAACCCGGAACCGUAAAGUCACCAUCACGGGCUCCCAGGCCGCCACACAGGCCGCGCAGUACCUGAUCAGCCAGCGAAUCACGUACGAGCAGGGGGUACGCGCCACCAACCCACAGAAGGUGGGCUAAAAUAGGGAUCGGAGAAACAGAAAAUAAAAGAGUGGAGGGGGAAAAAAAAGCGUGGGGGCCGGAUGAGGAAUGGAAUGUGAGAGAGUGAGUGACGGAAGAGAGAGGAGGAGAGCCGGAAUGUCGGAGAGGGAAUCGCGUGUUUUCCUCGUGUUUUCAGUAUUCUAAAAAUGAUGCGACGCAAAAAUCUGCUGGGAGAGAGGAGAAAGUGGCGAGCCGAAAAACCAAGAAAAAAAAAUGUGUAAAAUGUAAAUAAGGGUUUUAUUACUUAAGUCUUGAUCUUUCGGGAUUUUUUAUUGUUUUGUUUUAUUGUUUUAGUAAAUUAAUAUUUUUUUCUGUCGUUCUGUGUAUUCUCCGGACAGUGGUGAAUGCCAAGUUAGACUGGCAUGCUGCCGUGCUGCAUUGUGGGUUAGAGCGGGUGGGGCGGUGGGGGUACUGGGGGUCCACCCCAUGGAAUCAGCCCCUCCCCCACCUCCACCCCCAUGUAGCUCACAAGAUAGGGUAUUUUCCUUUUUUCUUUACUUUCAGUUCUCAAUUUGCCCCGGCCCAUCCCUGCGCUCACUGUGUUCCAAAACUAUCUCCCCUAGAAGGUUCCCAUAAGACUGCAAGCAUCAGCUUGGUUUGAGAUCGGAAGAACAUCCCUGUAGUCCAUGACAACCCCCCUCCCCUCGCCCCUCCCCCCACCCUCACUCAGCCCCGCCCUUGGGCCAAGUGGGGGGUGGUGGGGGGAGUCAGGCAGUCCCAGGUUCACCCCCUCCAGUGUUUUCUAGAGUUUGACCCGCAAGGCGUAGCUACCUGUGGCCGUGUUUCACCCAGGUGCAUGCAACGCCCCUGCCUCCCCACGUGUGUACACAGAAGUGACACGUACACGUGUGUACACGUAUGUAGAGACGCUCAAGGCCCCAUGCAGGCGACCGCUCACGCAUGAUCUCAAAGCUCCGGGUUGGGCCGGUCAUAGAUCACCGAGCGAGAAAUUACACACACAUUCACACAGUCCACAGACCCUGAGGCUUUCUCUCAACAAACGCUUGCAGUCCGAUACGAUGAUUAUAUUAAUGUUAUUCUUAUGAUUAGAUAUCAUCUCCAUCGUCAUUAUUUAUUAAUAUGAUUUCACCCAUAAAGAUCGAUAUAUUCAGUUGUUUUUUUAAUCUGUGAAUUCAGGUUGACAUGAAUGUAAAGACUAUAUUUUUUGAUUUGAAUAUUUCUUUUUUUAUUUAAUAAGUGGAUUGAAUAUGAAUGGUAUGUCACAUAGUGUAAUAUAUGUCUUAUUUAAGUCCUGUAAUAAGAUAGGAAGAUAACAGACCCACUUUGGGAGCCGGGGGGUGCAGUGUGUGUACCCAGUCAGUGUGGAGCAGGAUAGAAACACACGCACACACACACAGGAAACACAAUGACACCACUUUGAUGCUAAGAGGGAAUAUACUAUAUCAAGAUAGCAGAUUUCAGCGUAACAUAUCUUGUUAGUUUCAAAAACAACAACACUAAAGGCACAAGUGCAGCUUUCUCUAUGGGCAUAACAUUGCUCUCCAUAGUCGCAACAAAACUCUAGUUUGAAUCUUCCGUCCCUUCAGUUUUAUGGUGGUAAAUAGUUCACUCAAAACGAUGUAUGUCUUAUAAGUGUAAGACCAGCACUGUGACUGGUCUCUGGUCUAGUCUGGUCUGGUCCAGUCUGGUAUAUUAAGCUUAGCCACGAGAACUCUGCACUUCAGCCUGGGCCCACACACACAAACACACACGCUCUCACACACACACAGACCGCCUAGACAGGCUGGGUCUUAGCCACAGAGGUGGAGCACUUCAAGUCCAGAGCCCCAAACCUGCAAGGACACACUAACAGACUACUGAGGACAGGGCUCGACACUGAAACGAACACAAAAAAAAAGGGAAAAGUCGAUCGUUUAGGAUCCACUGCCGAGGAGGGCGUUGCGGUCGGCCCGUCCAUCCGGCGGCGAUCGCACGUCCGCGGCGGACAAACAGCGCUAGGCGCAGCCUCCCUGACCAAAAGCCCAGAUCAAAGCGUUCCUCUGGCUGCGAGGUGAAGCGAGCCACGUCGAUCGUCCUAACGGGGAUCGAGUGGGACGGCGGCGCCUGUCAGGGAGGUGAGCUGUCCUGAUCUCGGGACACCGCUGCAAUCCCCUCCCGCUCGCUCACCUACACACCCAGCAGCUGAGAAAGAUGCCCUUUUCUUUCGGUUUGGUUUAUUGUUUGUUUUCGUUGCUGUUCGUUUUCUUUUUGCAAUCGGAGUACACUGAAUCUGGUCUUAAUGCACUGUGAAACAAGAGCUUGUCCUCAAGCUCCUAGGUCGGGCCUUGUGUGUCGCGAGGACAUGGUCACAGGAGUAAAAUGGCAGGGAAAUGUAUACGCAUUAGAAACAUCCGCCGACUGAACAUAUCUCCCCAAGAAUAGUCUGCAUAUCUGUCCAGGUUGUCACAAUGAGAGAGUCCGAUCUGGUCUGUUUCCUAUGAUCUUUCUGACCGAUUGGAUUCCGGUUCAUAACUAGCUUACGGUCCUCAUCUUGCCCAGUGAAAUCUGCAGUCAUGGAAAUGGAUUGUUUAUUUUGGCAGAUGGGAUUGGGGAGGAGUUACAGGUGUCUGAAUGCCGGUUUGCAUCUGUUGGUGGUUAAUAUUCACCCAACAGUUACAGCACAUACCAGGCUUGCAGAUAACCCUGAUAGUAAACAUUUGAAAUAUUUGGAUGAUAUUCAGAGAAGGGGGCACAAAACAAUCCCACAUGAUUCCUUGGUGAGGAAACGUAAUCUACCCCAACACAAAAAUCAACGUUUUAAUUUCUCUCAAGCUCUGAGCUAUCGUGAACAUUCUCUUCAAGUCUAUUGGAGCGUCAGACAGUCAGACAGACAGACAGGGCAUAUCUCCACAGACAGUCAAACAGUCAGACAGACAGGGCACAUCUCCACAGAUUGGUAAGGAGGCUUCUUUAUUUCCAUCUAACCCCAUUCACUAUAUCUCCUCACCUUCCCUCAACCCCCCCUCCCCUCCAGCCGCACCCUAGUGCACCCAUUCUUACACCCUCUCCUCCCACAUCACUCCAUGGGUGAAUCUGUCUGGUGUUGCGACGCAUGUCUCCUCCGCUUGCCCCUCCCAGAUCACUACAACUACAGGCCAAUCAGGGGGGGGAUGGGGACGAGAAUACUCCGGGUUGUCUAUGACAGAGUUUAGAAUGUAGUGUCCGUGUUCUAGAACACUCCGUGUGGCAAUGCUGCCCUUUUGCAGUGGAACUGUUUCUAGGGGAAAAUAACAUGUUACCAGGCAGCUAUAGGGCAAAAAGCAACUAGCUCCUAAUCUGAACUCCCAUUGGCUAGUAGUUUGGAAUGAUCCUUUAUGCGGUGUUGUUACAACCUUUAGGAGUAUGUUACCUAGGAAACACAUGCACAAAUACAUAUGCUUAUCGAGACAUGCACAUAGAUUGUGAGAUCAAAUAAGGGAAUUAUUGCUCAUUAAGGACAUAUAUUACUGGAUGUAGGUUAUAUUAUUAUAGUACUGUGACUUAACACAUUUUGUAAUAUCUGUAGUGCGAGGCCGUGAGAAGGUGCCAACGAAGCGUUUCAAGGCACGUCUGUUUUCUUCAUAUCAGUGAUGACCCUACGUGGACAUGGUCUUAGGGCGUCCAUUUUAGUUUUGUUUGUAAUUUAGGGGAUCUAGCUAUAAUGUGAUGAGUACUGGAAGCAAUACACGUAGUAGCAUGUCGUCUUGUCUUGUCUUUCUCUUCUGUCUGUUGUAGAAGCUUUGGAUUUUACCUAUAGAUGUUCAGUAGGUUUACAUAAUUAACUAAUUUUUAAUUUGUGAAAAUGCUGCUAUUUAAUAAGUGAUGUACUCAAAAAAAGAAAAGGUAAAACAUAUCGGAUCUUUCAGUUAGCGGGACAUUCUAUUUCAGAGAGCUGUAAUAAACGCUCAUGUGCUAAUAAUAAGAUGAUAAUAAUUGUAUAAGAACAAAGUGUAAGAACCAACCUAAAAAAAUAAACUUGUGCCAAAAUAGAGCUUUACAGAAACUGAAACUGUAAAAUUGUGGGAUUUAAACACCUUUAGAUGAGAAGAAGCAUACUUUUAUACAAAAAAAUGUGAAAAGUGCCAAACAAACCAUAUUUAUAAUUUACGUAGAAUUGAAAUAGGAAAAGUUAGUUUUUAAGAAAUAGACUUUGAUCAAAAUAUACAUAAAAUGUUGAGUUGUUAGUUCCAGCCCCUUUCUAACCUGCCAUGAGAGUAGAGACUGUGAGGGAGGCAGGAAGCCACCUUGUUAGCCAAUCAAAGCACUAGGACUCGGGGGGGGGGCUAGGGGAGGAGUCAACCUAUAGCUAAGUUAG